AUGUCGAAGAAAGGUGGAGCUAACAAGAAGGCAAAAAAUUCCACUGCAGACCAGGAUCUUGAUGCCAUACUGGCUGAGCUUGCUGUUGAAGACAAAGCGCGAGCAGACAAAGCUGGAGCAAAGAAGGGCAAGCCCGGGAAAAAAGGUAAAAAUGCACCAGCAGUCAUCAUCAACGGUGAAGGAGACACUGCUCCUGUAGCAGAGCAGCCACUGAUUAUCGACUGGCAUGCUGAAAUCGAAUCAAUGAAGCCUGUGGACGAGCAGUUUCCUGACGGAAAGUUUCCUGUUGGACAGUGCGAGACGUACUAUCUUAUAGGAAAGGAUGGUAGAGUCGCUUCGGACAGGGAAAACAAACAAGAGAAAAAAGCUCUCGACACUUCUUUUGACGAAAUGUAUCAGGAUUAUCGAAGAUCAGCUGAAGUCCAUAGACAAGUUCGAAAGUAUGUGAAAUCUUGGGUGAAGCCUGGCAUGACAAUGAUCGAAAUAUGUGAACGUCUUGAGGCCUGUUCUCGACACCUAAUCAAGGAAAAUGGUCUUGAAGCUGGUCUGGCUUUCCCGACGGGCUGUUCGCUCAAUCACGUCGCAGCACAUUACACGCCUAACAAUGGCGACACGACUGUUCUGCAGUUUGGGGAUGUUUGCAAGGUGGCGGAUAGGGGGCUAACCGCGGACCAAAAGCGACCUUGUGCUUGCCCAGAGACGCAGGUGGAUUCAGGGGAUGGACUCCCUGCUUCUGCUGUGCCAGGACUGACUCGUAAAAUCAUUGUAUCCCGCACGUCGGUCCGGCCAAAAGCCUGCAAUCAAUUGACUGGGAGGUGCAAGGGAGGCGGUUUGGAGUCGCCUCCAACAAAUAAGCUCCACAUGUCCACUCUGGGAGAACGGAAGUUCUCCCAAAAACCCAUGGGACUAGAGGCUUGCAACCUGCCCGUGGGUUUUAAAUUUCAUGCAAAAAACAGUAAUAGAAAAGAGUCUCCUGACUCCGGUAGAAAGCCUGGUACGGUAGCGCCAGGUAGGACGGGGUUGCAGGAGUCAUGUAGGCUACCGAAACGGAAAAGGACUAGGAUGACGAUCUGUACUUAUAACGCACGCACGCUUGCAUCGGAAGCGGCCAUCGAAGAUCUGAUGGUGCAAGCCAAGAAGAUCAAGUACGACGUCAUCGGACUGACCGAGACGAGACGACGUCACUCUCUCAACGCUGUAUUUGAAACUGGAGAAGAACUGUUCUUAGGAACAUGCGACAGUAGAGGUGUUGGUGGAGUUGGCGUCCUCGUCAACACGAGUAUGGCACAGAACAUCGACUCUUUCGAACAACUCACGACCCGAAUCGGACGUCUGCGGAUGAGAAGAUGUGGUCCCACACCGGCUUUGACUAUCUUCGUCGCUUACGCUCCAACAUCAAGCUACGAAGAAGAAGAAGUCGAAGCUUUCUAUAUGGACCUGGAGAAGUUCUACCGAGAAGAUCAUGCCUUUUACAAGGUCAUAAUUGGCGACUUCAACGCCAAAAAGCCCUCCUCUCUACGCUGGACGUGGGAGUCACCCGGUGGAGGGUACCGUAAUGAGAUAGACCACAUCAUCGUCAAUAAAAGGUUCUGCCUGACGGAUGUCGCUGUUGUACCAAAGUUCUAUACGGGAUCGGACCAUCGCCUCCUCCGAGGAAGAUUUUCUUUCACGCGGAGAGCAGAGAAAGCCGCCAAGUUCAGCAAGAGAAAUCCCAGAACUACCAUCAACUGGGAUCUCUUCGCUACGUUAGCCGGCUUUUGGGAAGAUUCCGCAAUGGACAACAUCGACGAGGAAUACGACCGGCUUGUCAAACACCUUCAUGACUGCGCGAAGAAGGCUGAGAGUAUUAAAACAACCAAGAGACGCCUGUCUCUUGAAACUCUUGAGCUGAUACGCCAGCGUGGAGCAGCACGAGCCGCAGGGAACCAAGAGCUUACGUCCGAGCUCGCAAGGCUUUGCAGAGAGGCGAUAAAGAAAGACCUUAAAGAGAGAAGAGCAGAAGUGCUGGCUGAAGCAGCAGAGGCGGGAAAAAGCAUCCGCUAUGCCCGCCGAGACUUCGCCAGUCGCAAGACAAGGAUGACAGCUCUCCGGAACCCGAAGGGAACAACCAUUGCAUCGAGAAGGGGAAUGGAGAAAAUCAUCUACGACUUCUACUCUGAUCUCUUCGACAGCCGUGCCCACUUGCCUCCUCACCAUCUGAGGGAAGAUGGACAUGUCAUUCCAGCGGUUCUCCCGUCCGAAAUACGACAUGCUAUCAUGUCGGUGAGAAAUCGUACAGCAGCCGGUCCCGACAGAAUAAAACCAGAACACCUGAAGAACCUUCCGCCAGUACUCAUCAACACCCUGGCGAGGAUCUUCACACGUUACCUGUCGGAAUGCAAGGUCCCUAAACAGUGGAAGACCAGCAAGACCGUGUUGCUGUAUAAAAAGGAGAUCCACAUGACAUCGGCAACUAUCGCCCAAUCUGCUUACUGUCCGUCAUCUACAAGCUCUUCACAAGAGUGA